CUCUGAUUUGGCAACCCGAGUUGAGAGGCGUUUCUUCCGCUACAUAGACGCACACGUGGGAACGUCAACCAGCUCUGCUAAGCUAAAGAUUAUUGAGCAUUAUGUCGACUGAGGACGUGGAGCGCCUUCUGAUCCAAUUUCAGAAUGAGGAAGGAGAGGUGCUGGGUUCACCCUUCGAUGUGCCUCUGGACAUCACCCCAGACAAAUUACAGCUGGUCUGCAAUGCUCUGCUGCAACAGGAUGAUCCAGUACCACUGGCGUUCUUUGUGCGUGGUGAGGCAGAGGUGGUGUCUUCCUUAAGGUCAUGUGUGAAAGCAUUAGGGGUUGAGACCGAGCAGGUUCUUCCGGUGGUGUACCAACCUCAGGCAGUGUUCAGGGUCCGUGCUGUGGCACGUUGCACCAGCACUUUGCAGGGGCACACCGAGGCGGUCAUCUCCACUGCUUUCAGUCCAACCGGCAAAUAUUUAGCCAGUGGAUCAGGUGAUACUACAGUUCGUUUUUGGGACUUGAUGACAGAGACACCUCAUCAUACUGCAAGAGGUCAUACACAUUGGGUUCUUAGCAUUGCUUGGUCGCCUGAUGGCAAGAAGUUGGCAUCAGGAUGCAAGAACAGUCAGAUUUUUCUGUGGGAUCCAGUGACUGGCUCACAGGUUGGAAAAACAUUAAUUGGACACACCAAAUGGAUCACUUGGAUUUCCUGGGAACCAUUACACCUUAACCCAGAAUGCCGGUUCUUGGCCAGUAGCUCUAAAGAUGGCUCAGUGCGUAUUUGGGACACAGUACUGGGGCGCUGUGAGAAGAUUUUAACUGGACACACACAAUCAGUCACUUGUGUAAAAUGGGGAGGGGAUGGACUUCUGUAUACAUCUUCCCAGGACAGGACUAUCAAAGUUUGGAGAGCUAAAGAUGGUGUCCAAUGCAGGACUCUUCAGGGUCAUGCUCAUUGGGUCAACACUUUGGCUCUCAGCACAGACUACGUUCUUCGCACUGGAGCUUUUGAACCUGCAACAGCCACCAUCAACCCUCAAGACCUCAAAGGCUCAUUGGACGAAUUGAAGGAAAAAGCCCUUGAGAGAUAUAAUAAAGUUAGGGGAAACACUCCAGAGCGUCUAGUGUCUGGUUCAGAUGACUUCACCCUCUUUCUAUGGAACCCUGCAGAGGACAAAAAGCCUCUAGCCCGGAUGACUGGCCACAGCGCACUCAUCAAUGAAGUCCUUUUCUCUCCAGACACAAGACUUGUAGCCUCUGCUUCUUUUGACAAGUCUAUUAAAAUUUGGGAUGGGCGUACAGGAAAGUACCUUAUGUCCCUGCGUGGCCAUGUUGGAUCUGUUUAUCAGGUGGCAUGGUCUGCUGACAGUAGGCUGCUCGUCAGUGGAAGCAGUGAUAGCACACUUAAAGUUUGGGACAUGAAAACUGGGAAACUCAAUAUGGACCUUCCAGGCCACGCUGAUGAGGUUUAUGCAGUGGACUGGAGUCCUGAUGGUCAAAGAGUAGCCAGUGGAGGGAAAGACAAAUGUCUUCGGAUAUGGAGGAGGUAGUGCCCAUCCCUACUUGACCUUCCGAGUGAAAAUGAAAGGCUGGACCAAAUCUGAAUCCUGGUGCAGUGACACUGACCAUUCACAGCCGAGACAGCUGCGCACUGUCAACACAGUGAAAGACAUUUAUUAACAUUAUUAACAUGAUCAAUGGAGAUCAUGCUGGUAUAUGUACAGUAUUACACUGUAUGAGAAGAGGAUGUCAAACUCUAUUCAUUAGGGUCAUGACCCACUUUUUAAAAUAAGGUAGUAUACUAACGUAAAUAUUCAUUUGGCAAAGGGCAGUGUUCCACACUGACCACUGACCAUCCCGCAUCACCUAGAGCCUUCAUAGAUGAAUGAGUGCAUUGCGUAGGUAACAGGUGGGAGUGCUAAUACUGCCUGCUGUUAAACCCUGCAGUCCUUCCCACUGUUCAUCUUUUAAUCUGUUCUGUGCUAUAGUCUACAGACCUUCAACAAGCAGAGCCCAAAUGCUAAUGGACUCCAAACAUGAGUAAAACAUCAAGGCUAUUGAAAGUUUUUAUAAAAUGUAUGCAAUUUCUGUUGA